ACUUACACAACAUAUAUUCUCCCCUCAUACAUUUCCAUGCAUGGUUCCUAUAAGGUUAGAACACAUAGAUCCAAACACAAACAAACACACACACUUGAAAAACCAAGGAUGCAUAGAUAUAUAUACAUACAUACUAACAUAUGCAUUGUGAGAUCUUCCCACCCUCCUUUUUUCCUCCUAGGUAGAAUUAAUUAAACAAGUGAAGUGUAGUGCAUGCAUGUCACCCCCUCCCUACUGCAUACACCUCUGCAUUCUCAUCCACAGUGCCCCCUUGUAGCUUAGCUCCUCCCUGCUUCCAAGCUCCCCAUUUAAAUACCACCCUGCCUCCCCACCAAGCUGAGCACUACACUCUAGCAAGAACCUCACAGCAACAGAUAAACCACCUCAAAGCCUCUCUCAAGCUAAGCCUAUAUACACCUCAUAGCACAACUGCACAAGCAAGAUAUAUAUUGUCUGUCUGGGUAGUGUAUACUAAGCUAAGCUAGAAGUGUAAUAGCAAGCUAGACUUCAAUAACUUGUGGCAUGAGCACUCGCGGCAGCCAGCCGGCGGCGCAGCUGAUGGCGUUCUCGGAGCCGAAGCCGAUCGCGGCGUCCAGCGGCCACCAGCCGAACCCGUCGCCGCCUUCAUCGCCGAGCGAGCGACCGCCGGCAGGCGGCCGUGGGAGCCGGCGGCGGACGCAGGAGCCUGGGCGUUUCCUGGGCGUGCGGCGACGUCCCUGGGGCCGGUACGCGGCGGAGAUCCGCGACCCGACGACCAAGGAGCGGCACUGGCUCGGCACCUUCGACACGGCCCAGGAGGCCGCCCUGGCCUACGACCGCGCCGCGCUCUCCAUGAAGGGCGCCCAGGCGCGCACCAACUUCGUCUACGCCGCCCCUGCCUCCUGCUACAGCAACUACCCUCCCUUCCUCGCCCCCUUCCACUCGCCGGCGCCGGGGACGACGAUGGCCAAUAACGCCGCCCCUGUCAUGCAGCAGUACAUGCUGCCCGGCCACGGCCACGCGCCGCACCACAUUGGCAGUGGCUCUGGCUCGUCGUAUGCUUCUGGCGGCAGCGAGUGCUCAAUGCCGAUGCCGAUGCCGAUGAUGGUGGACGUCGUCCGGAACGGCAGCGGCAGCGGAGGCGGCAGUAGGGGGCACGUGCAGCGCGAAGACGAGGACUUCUUCUGCUUCUCCGGGUCCGCCUUGGACGACAACUCCGGGUACCUGAGCAGCGUGGUGCCGGAGAGCUGCCUGCGGCCGGCGUCGUCCCGGGUGGAAGACACGACGCGGCGGUACUCGGUGUCGGACGCCGACGCGUACGGGUACGGCAUGAUGGGGCGGGAGGACGUGGACGACCUGGCGCAGAUGGUCGCCGGCUUCUGGGGCUCCGACGCCGCCGCGGCUUACGGAAGCGGCGGCGGCGGUGGGGACGGCAUGGUCGCCGCCUCCUCCUCGCAGGGCUCCGACGCCGGAUACUCGCCCUUCAGCUUCCUCUCCCACUGAAACACAACGCAAUGCAAUGUCCAUCUCGGGUCUUCAGCAUUGUUGUUGCUGAUCAUCAUCUCAGUGGCGAUGAGACCUCUGCCGCUAGAGCUUAAUGACGAUCCAUCGAUCGUUGAUAGCAUUAGGUACUUAAUUAGAGAGCUGUUUGUUUCGGGAAGAUCGAGUUUGAUCAUAGUACGUUACUUAGCAGCGGAAGUAGAUCGAGCGAGGAAGAAGAAGAAGAGUGUGGCUUGUGUGCCCUAGCCCCUAGCUAGCUAGCUAUCUAGCUCCUUUGUAGUACUACGUUUCCAUAUGCAUGCAUGGCAUGUGUUCCAUUAUUUACCUCUCUAAUUAUCUACAACCUCUCCCAAGGUAGUUAAUAAUUUAA